AUGAUCUCGGAGCGCGAACUACAGAUCAAUCCGCUGGUGCCGGAUUGCAUCGUGCAUAACACUAAGACCCUUGCAAACCUACACAACCUCACAGCCUCUUUGCUCGGCAUUGCCGCCGGAAUUCUCGGCCUCGAAUCAUACCCUGGCUUCCUCUUCUACGCCCUCCUCACCUUCAUCACCUCCACGCUGGUGUACGUAUUCCGUGUGCGCCCGACUGCUGCUGCGGAACUGGACACGACGAGGUAUUUUGUUAGUGGGUGGACGCUGUGGACAGGAGGGUUGAUUGAUGGGUUGAGUGGGUUUGUGUUGACAUGGACGCUGGUGUAUGGGUUGGUACGGGCAUAG